AUGGCAACGAGUGCAGUCCCCAGCGACAACCUCCCCACAUACAAGCUGGUGGUGGUGGGAGAUGGGGGUGUGGGCAAGAGUGCCCUCACCAUCCAGUUUUUCCAGAAGAUCUUUGUGCCUGACUACGACCCCACCAUCGAAGACUCUUACCUGAAACAUACAGAGAUUGACAAUCAAUGGGCCAUCUUGGACGUUCUGGACACGGCCGGGCAGGAGGAGUUCAGCGCCAUGCGGGAGCAGUACAUGCGCACAGGGGACGGCUUCCUCAUCGUCUUCUCGGUCACGGACAAGGCCAGCUUCGAGCACGUGGACCGCUUCCACCAGCUCAUCCUGCGCGUCAAGGACAGGGAGUCAUUCCCCAUGAUCCUCGUGGCCAACAAGGUCGAUCUGAUGCAUUUAAGGAAAAUCACCAGGGAGCAAGGAAAAGAAAUGGCGACCAAACACAAUAUUCCGUACAUAGAAACCAGUGCCAAGGACCCACCUCUCAACGUCGACAAAGCCUUCCAUGACCUGGUUAGAGUCAUCAGGCAACAGAUUCCGGAAAAAAGCCAGAAGAAGAAGAAGAAAACCAAAUGGCGGGGAGACCGGGCCACGGGCACCCACAAACUGCAGUGCGUGAUAUUGUGA